CUGGGCUUCCACCGCUGGCAAGAAAUAGCCGCGGUAUCAGCUUUGGGAUGGCUGCUAGUAGGGAUGCAACCGCAGCGAAGCCCAGUACCAUCUUCUAAAAGAAAUGGCUGUAAGAGGAUGUCGCUCGCUGCUGCCUAAAUAAAAGCUCGCUCCGGAAUCGUCUGGUGCCCAUUGUUCUAGUCCCAGAUGUAAUGCGUUUCUAGCUGUAUCACACAUAGAAGACUGGACAUAGAUAGUGCGUCGGACUAGAGGUGCUCACGUUUCGUGUAAAACUCGGUACACGUAGCGUAGCUAUGCGGCAGUUGGUUCACUGUUUAUGGAGUCGGCCUGUCGGAGGGCUGUUGCUUCUUGCCAUGGCGCUUGCACUGGUACUACAGCCAAUCUGCUUCAGCCACGCGGCCGAGGCUCAACCGGUCGCUCCGCCAAGCGCUCCGGCUUCCUUGCCUCCGCCGUUCGCUCCGCCUGCAGCAGGAACUGAGAAGUUCUGCACGCAGUACAAUAAAGAAUGCGCAGCCCUUAUCGCCCUAUACGACAAAUGGUUCCCGGGCGUCCUGCCGAUUGGAUAUGCGUGUCCCUUGCUGUGCAACAGCACCGACGUAGUCUCCUGCGAUCCAGUGCCUCUAGUGGGGCCUUACUGCACCGACGCUCUGCCCUACAGUCCCACUAAUUAUACCGGACUGUCCGUGGCUCUCUCGAACCUCUCGGGGCCCAUCCCAACGUCCAUUGGCGUUCUAUCCCAUCUCACAUACCUUGACCUGCACGGCAACAACUUCAGUGGGCCCAUCCCCACUGAGCUGUGCCAGCUCACCGCUCUGCAGUACAUGGAGCUGGGCAACAACAGCCUCAGCGGCACCAUCCCCAGCUGCUUCUCCCGCCUCACCAACCUCCAAGUCCUGGAUCUGCACCGCAACCAGCUCUCAGGGCCCAUGCCUCCUGAGCUCGGCAACAUGCUCUCUCUGCAGACUCUGUUCCUCAAGAACAACAGCCUUACAGGCGCCAUCCCCUCCAACCUCUCUCUCGCGCAGAACCUCACCAACCUAUGGUUGGGCAACAACAACCUGCAUGACCACCUCCCGGGCCCUCUGGGCAACCUCCCGAAUCUCGUCUCUCUCUCCAUAUCGGACAAUCCGGGCAUCAAUGGGUCCAUCCCAGAUGCCUUCACUCGCCUCAUCUCGCUCCAGUCCUUCAAUGCGACCAACACCAGUCUCUCGGGCUCCAUGCCUCCAUGCUUCUCCAACAUGCAGAACCUCACCCACAUCAUCCUCCCCCCAGGCAACAACUUCUGCCCAGCGGAGGGGCAGUGCUGCAGCGACAACCUCACCAGCAGCGCGCCUUCGGCCUUCCGCGCGCCGCCCAACAUGACGUGCCCCUUCUGCACCUUCUGCUCCUCCUUCUGCGGCUCCUGCCAGCCACCACCUCUGUCAACGGGGGCCAUAGUGGGCAUAGUGGUGGCCUGCGUGGUGUUUGUAGCAGCUCUUCUCGCUCUUAUCAUCUGGUGGCAGUGGAGGAAGCGCUUCGUGGCCUCCAAGCUCGCGGAGUGGGAGGAGGCUUUGAAGCGGCACUCGUUCCACCGCUUCAGCCUGAGGGACAUCCGCCUGGCUACCAACAACUUCAACCGCGCCAACCUCAUCGGCCAGGGCGCCUUCGGGGUCGUGUACUGCGCACAGGGGCCUGGUGACCAGCUGUGGGCAAUCAAGCGGUCGCGAAUGAUAGCCAAGGACGCAUCUGAAAGCACCGAGUUCGAGUCAGAGGUGCGCACGGUGUCACGUCUGAGCCACCGCAACCUGGUGCGGCUGCUGGGGUACUGCAGCGAGCGCGGCGAGCAGAUCCUCGUGUACGAGUUCGUCCCCAACGGGCCGCUCAGCAACUACCUCUACGCCACCCACCAGGGCGCCUGCCUCGACUUCCAGCAGCGCCUCGAGGUGGCCAUCGGCGUGGCGGAAGGGCUGGCCUACCUGCACAGCUCCACCCAGCCCGCCAUGGUGCACCGCGACAUCAAGCCGGCCAAUAUCCUGCUGGAUGCCACCUGGCAAGCGAAGAUCGCUGAUUUCGGCCUGGUGAAGGACCUGGGGGACAAUGGAGCAUCGGUGGCCACGAGGGUGGUUGGCACGCGGGGGUAUCUAGACCCCGAGUAUUUCAGCCGGGAUAAGGUUACCACCAAGGCUGACGUGUACAGCUUCGGCGUGGUGCUGAUGGAGCUGGUGACGGGUCGUCCCGCCUCCUCUGUGGACCCCACCAGCGACAACCAUGCCACCAUCCACAUCUCAUCAUGGACCAUCCCGUACAUUGAGGAUGGGGACAUCACUCCCAUCUCCGACCCGCGCAUAUUCUCGCCAGAGAUCUCGGAGCACCUCAUGGCCAUCUGCAAGAUCGCCAAGGACUGCAUGCAGUUGCCUGGCAAGGACCGGCCAGAGAUGGUUGAUGUGGCUCGCAUGUUGCGGGAUGUGAGGCGCCAAGCGUUCGGCGUGGGAGCAGAGGAGAUUCAGCUGAAUGAGGUGCCGGCCUCGCCUCUCGCCUCGCUCUACUCCUACCAUCACUCCCAGCCAGCCUCAGGCUAUGGAACAGACUCGUACAUAGAGUUCUCAGGGCCGGUUCCCAAGUAGCGAUGGAACCUGACCACUUCCAAUUAGUACCUAGAAUUAGUCAGGGUGACAGGCGAUUUGCAGAUAGACCUGGGAAUG